UCAGCUGAUAUUUUGUGAUUCUCGUUUUGCUUCGCGUUCGCAUAAGAUUCGCAUGUUUGUGAUGUUUUUAUUUUGCUUCUCGAAGGUAAAAGAACCCUGCACAAGAAAUAGUCUCUUAGACAUGUACUUCCGAAGGAUUUAGCAAGGAGAAAAAUUUGGAUAGAGAGAAUAAAUAAUAAAAAAUCUUUCUCUCGACCAGAUUCUUGUUGAGUUUGCGAAAAACAUUUUGAUUCGAGAUGUUUCCAAAAUGGAAAAUGGAUUAAAAAUUCCUUACCUACCUUGAAUAUCCCUGGAUAUGUUCCAACAGGCGAUGACUAUAGAUAUAAAGCUCCUAUAAGAGAUAUUUUGCCGAUAAGAAGAGAUAUCGUAGCGGAAAUAAGAGGUAGAAUAAACGGUCUAAAACUUAUACCUACCUAUAAAAAGAAGAUAGUUGUGUUUUGGUGAUUUCCACGUAAAGGUGCUUCUCAGGAGGAAGUUGGUAUUUCAUAGCAACAUGGUGUUUUCCUGCUGUGUACCGCUUUGUAACAAUACCGGGAAGACUGUCAAAAUGCACAUAUUUCCCACUGAUUAUAACAUGUAUCAAACGUGGAUAUCGUUAAUAAAAAAUCCCAAACUGACCGAAAGAGAUUUUCUUUCUGUACGAAAAAAUUUUAGAAUAUGCGACGUUCAUUUUGGGGAAUCUUCAAAACUCACAUUGGAACAAGGCACUGUCAGAAAUUCAAAUUUAAAAUAUGGAGUUGUGCCUUCCCUGUAUUUACCUGACGAUUGUAAGAAGCUUUUUACUAAGUCUGCGAAUUCAACUAAAAUGAAAGAUCCUUUAAACAACGAUGGCGCAGAUCAGCAACUGUCAACCUCUACCGACGAAUAUACGAACCAUCAAGAAAUCCCUGAUACUGCUACAGGUGAAACACGGACAGUUCUGGACCCGAUCACCGAUCCGAUAGGACCCCUAACAAAGCCACGUGUUACGUGUAGUAAGCAAAAUCCUAUUGCAGCAGACGAACAACAACAUGCCAUUGAGCAGCUUCUAAUUUCACAAUCGGAACCUCCUAACCUUAACGAAAUUUUUAAACAAGAAAUAUUGGAGGUUGAAUUUGAAAAUGUGGAACCUCCUCGAAAGAAAGUUCGACGCACGAAAUCACAGGCCAACGAAGAAGCAUGCCUGCUCAAUUUAGAUGCAGAAUCGACAGCCUCCAUUGCGGAAAGCUUGAAAGAAUUUACAGAGACUUAUAAAAGAAAUUCCACCGCAUCUUUGAAGUUAAAGUAUUAUGAACUGUUUCAAACGUUUGACGGGUUUGAGACAUUUCUUGACAGUGUUUGAUAAUAUUGUCACUUUUCUCUGUACAGCUGUAUAUACAGUAUAUAAGAUAGAUUUAAAUUGAUAUUUCUUAUGUAAUUUUUAUUCAGUCAUCAUUCAGAGGACUUUUGAUCAUAAGACGUUUUAAUUUCUUUUUAUAUUUGACGUUUUACGAAGCAUUUAUUGUUAUAAAAAUUUGAGAUAUAAUGUUGAACUAAAGUUUUUGAAAUCGACAUGCGUUUGAAUAUUAUUUAAAAUAAAUCCAUGUUAUGUGGUUAAAAAUAUUGUAAAUAAAUCCUUUAUAUGCCUACCUCUCUUAAUGAUAAAUAGUAUUUUUAAUAAAUAAAGAAUCUAUUCACAUUUAAAUAUAAGAUCCAUAC